GUUUAGACAUGUUUGCAGUAACUGCAUCCCAGGUGAUAACUGUGUAGGAGACUGUGCUGGCUGUUGGGAUUAGAGUGCAAAUUUGGGAGCUGCUGCUGGCCUCAGAUUUCUAGGGCUCUGCACUCUUCGUUUAGUGAGAGCUUGUUCUUUGGUCCCUUCCUAAGCGUUCCAAGGUGAAUUUUGACCAUCUGCUGAGGAAAUGCACUUAACAGACUGUGAAGCCUGGUCUGAAGUGCUUACGUAUUCUAGAAUCUUCACCAAACUUUGUUAAUGCUGCUUAAAUUUUUAACAGGUGCUGGGCUGCAGCAUUGUGUAAUGUGUCUGUUCUGUUUAGAAAGGGACUUUCUGACAUUAUCAUGCAAUACCUUUAAACUUUCCUCUGGAAUGGGCACACGUGAAGAGGAGGAUGAGAGGCCUCUCUGCAUAGUUCUAGUGAGACAACACUUAUGGAGAGUAAAAUUGCUAUCAGAAGUCUGGUCAGAUACAUGCUCCUAUUUUUUUUUUUUUUUUUUUUUUCUUCUCGGCUUAAUAGCUGGUAGCUCAGAACUCCUGAGUAUUUUCUAAUAGUUGGAAUUAAUAACUGUAGUCCAGGUGACUGCCUGCUGGCCUGUUUCUCACUUCCCAGGUGGUUUGAACUGAGUAUUAAAUCAUAACUGAAAUAGCAGUUAUUAUGAAUACUCAGUAUGGAUAUACUGCUGUCGAUUAAUGCUGUCUAGGCUUUAUGUUCUUUUUGGAAGCUUACAACAGUAGCUAUAUUUGUCAGGGAAAUUACGGGAUAGCCUUGAGUGCACGGUGAUGUAAGAAGUAUGUGGUCAAGUUACAGCCGCAUUUAUUUUAUCCCAGAUUACUGUCUCAUUAAAAUACCAACCCACCCCCAGUGCUUAAAAUCAGAUUCAGUGUGGGCAUUUGGAUCGUGGAUGGGUGCACACUAACUGGGACUUUUCCAAUCCUCCUAGCCAGGCUUUCUUGCUCACUUGUGACUGGGAAACUACAGCAGUGACAAACAACUUGUUGCUUUCUGUGUGUUUUAAAGGAAAAGUUCUUGAUUAGUGCUUUUAGGAUGGCUUAGGAGUUGCUUGCUUGUAACUCCAGCCAGUUGCAGAACUGGCAAUUUUUUUUUUUUUUUGGGAUGGAGGGACACCAAAAGGUGUUGGUGGUUGAGGAUGUGUCAUAUUUCGUUUGUUCCUGACAUUUUUCUAUGCUGUGUUUCAGGAGUAGUGGAAGUGUCGGUCCGAAGUCCGUUGGCCUGCUGGUUCAGUGCAAUGCUUUAUUGCUUUGGGGGCUCAGUUUUGUCUUCCUUGAUGCUUGGUGAACCUCCAGUAGCAUUUCUGGCAAAGACCAUCAAUAUUCUGCUGGCAUCCUCAGUCUGGUAUCUAGUGUUUUACUGCCCAGAAGACAUAUUCUGCCGCUGCUUUUCCUUUCUGCCUCUUCGUCUUCUGGUGGCAGGAAUGAAGGAAGUGACAAGGACUUGGAAGAUCACAGAUGGCAUUGCACAUGCAGACAUUGUCUACAAAGAUGCCUGUCUUAUCAUGGUGGCUGUGGGCUGGGCCAGAGGUGCUGGUGGUGGCUUAAUUUCCAACUUUGAGCAGCUGGUGAGAGGAGUGUGGAAACCUGAAACCAAUGAGCUCCUGCAGAUGUCCUACCCUGUGAAGGUAACUUUGAUAGGAGCAGUUCUUUUCACCCUGCAACGCAGACGGUACUUGCCAGUAGCAAAGCACAACCUUGUGUUUUUAUACACCAUCUUUCUUGUUGUCUUCAAGGUAAAAAUGAUGUUGACAAGAUGUGCAACUUCUCCACUUGCUCCCAUUGAGGCUGCAGUGUGCCAAAUGUUUUUUGGCUCACGAAAGACCCCUUCCAAAGUGAAGGGUGAAAGUGCCACAUCUUCCAAUGGCUCUUCAGUCUGUGACCAGCCUUCUGAGCAGCACCAUGACGGUGCUAAGAAAAAACAAGCAAAGAAAACAGAAUAAGUGACUUGAAAUCCUUGUGAUGGUCAUGAAGAUGUGUGUCUUCCAGAUUAGGCUGGCUGAGAAGUUUCUCUAAGGAAAGGAGAACAGGGCUGUGUUGUGGUUUGCCUUUUUGGGGUGUGUUACGUAAGCGAUGUGUAAAUGCACAUGUUGGAUUUGUGAGUUUAAACUAUGAACUUCUAUAGUAGUUAAAAGUUUACUAAUUUUUGUACUUAUGACAACUUCAAAUGCUUAAAUGUUGAAAAGAUAGUUUCAAAAAUGUGACAAUCAUAUUUUUUUUCCUACUGUAUCACUUGUUUCACAUGUUCCUAUUCCCCAGUUCUUAUGUGUUAUUUUGAUAACACUGAUUUGUACUGUCAGGUUUUCACUGUAGCACGUCCCAAAUAAGAAAGUCAUUAAGUAAGGCUUAAUCACAUUGCACUGUGUAAAAUCAUAAAAAUGUACCGAUUUAAUGCCUUUAACUAGAAAAAUAACUGAAUUAUUGUUGUAAUUCACAUUGCAUUGGUCUAGAUUUUCUUCAUUUCCUAAAGUAAAUAUUUUUAAAUAUUUU